AUGGAAAUCAAGGAGGCCCCAGAGGAACUGACUUUCGCCAGCGCCCAGGCGGAAGCGAGGGAAGAGGAGCGGCGAGUCCGGGAGACGGCGCGCAGGGAUAAAACACUCCUGAAGGAGAAGAGGAAGCGGCGCGAGGAGCUGUUCAUUGAACAAAAGAAAAGGAAACUCCUUCCAGACACUGUUCUAGAGAAGUUAACUACCGCUUCACAGACAGACAUAAAGAAAUCACCAGGAAAGUUAAAAGAAGAUAGUUUGCAGAAGAAAAAUGAAGAAUGUGAAAAAGGAAGUGAGUCCAAGAAAGCUAAAGAAAAAGUACAGUCUAUUGGCCAGAAUAAAAGCUACGUGGCUCUAAGGCUAAAAGAUCAAGAUCUGAGAGAUUCAAGGCAACAAGCAGCCAAAGCCUUCAUACAUAAUUCUUUGUAUGGCCCAGGAACCAACAGAACUACUGUAAAUAAGUUCCUGUCUCUUAACAAUAAGAGGUUACCAGUGAAAAAGGCUGCAGUCCAGUUUUUGAAUAAUGGUUGGGGAACCCAGAAAAAACAAAAUGCCAAGAGGUUUAAAAGACGGUGGAUGGUCAGAAAGAUGAAAACUUCUAAGAAGUAAAUCAAAGCUAAAUGAAGAAUGAGAACUUUGUAUGUAUGGAACUUGCAGUUAUUUAGUUUAGAAGAUUAAUUUGUCUUUAAAAAUCUAAUAAAUCAUUUUAAAGGAU